AUGCCGAGAGGGGUGAAGCGAGGGCCGGCGGAGGGAGAGGCCGAGGUGGUUGUACGCGCUUUGGCGUCUCCAUCGCAUACUACACUACUCGACGACAGCCCUAGCCAGCCCAUAAGCUAUCACUUGCUAGACCACGGUUAUGGCGCUACACCACAGCAUCAAAUCAGGCGCGAGGCGCCUACUGCACCGCCAAAGACGUCUGAAGCGGUGAAAAGAAGACUGAACUUGAGUGAGAGCAGUUCUGGAAGCCAGCAGGGGCACGUGGUGCCCAUGAAGGCUGACUUUAAGACGCCAAAACAGAAACGCGUUAAAGUUCUCACACCUUACAGUCGACCGUCCAGUUCUAUGAAAAAAUACACCGAACGUUCCAGGUUUGACACAUCAUUAGGUUUACUUACAAAAAAGUUUGUCGAGUUGCUGAAGUCUUCGCCUAACGGGGUAUUAGACUUGAACAUUGCGGCAGAACACUUAUCGGUCCAAAAACGUCGUAUAUACGACAUUACAAAUGUUCUAGAGGGUAUAGGAAUAUUAGAAAAAAGAUCAAAAAAUAAUAUACAAUGGAAGUAUGAUGCAGGAUGCGGAGGGGCCGGGGGCGCGGAGGCGGGCGGCGCGGUGGCGUGCGGCGCGGCGGCGGGCGGCGCGGUGGCGGGUGGCGCGGCGCGCGCGCGGCGGCUGCGGCGCGAGGUGCGCGCGCUGGCGGCGCGGGGCGCGCGCGUGGGCCGCGCCGUGAGCGUGGCCGAGCGCGCGCUGUCCGAGCUGUCAGCGGAGCACGGCGCGCGCGCCUACAUCACGUACGCCGACCUACGCUCCAUCCGCGACUUCCGCAACCAGACCGUCAUCCCUAUCAAGGCGCCGCCCGAGACGCGCCUCUCGGUCCCGCACCCCGAUGAGAAGGGCUACAUGAUUCAUUUGAAAUCCAUGGCGGGUGAAAUAGAAGUCUACCUCUGUCCAAAAGAACGUCCUUCGUCACCCGCGUCGUCGUCAGGGACGUUGCCGGCGGACCCUCUACUAGAAGACAAUAAGGCGCUACUGGCGCCGUUGAUUGCCUUACUCAAUUCCAAACCCUCCAGUUCUAUCUCAGCCGAUUUCACCACGCCCAUCAAGCGCGAGCCGAGCGAGUGUUCGUCGAUGGUGGUGUGCACGCCGUGCGUCACGGACCCCACGUUGCCGCUGGCCGCCCCGCCCGCCGCGCCCCUCACCCCGCACCACAAGAUCACACCGCGCGACGACCUGCACACGCCCGACAGCGGCGGAGCCCGCGGGCGCCUGCGGCAUGCGCUCAUCGCCGACAGCGACGACUUCGCGCCCAUCGGACGAUUCCAGCUUCAGACCGAGGACCAGGAGUCAGAAACUUUGGAGUUGGAACCAUUCCUGGCACUGGAGCCACCGAUGUCAGCUACAGACUACGGUUUCUGCCUCGACCACGAUGAGGGACUUUCGGAACUGUUCGACUUCCAGUUUUAG